AUGUCGUCCGGUUUUAUCUCGGCUGGCGCCACGAAGUACACUCCGGGCAAUGAUGAGGAGUGGCAGAGAGUCAAGAAAGAGCUCGAGGAGUCCCGGAAGCGCAAAGCAGAACAGGGGACCCAAGAAGGGGGAAAGAGCCUUUACGAAAUUCUCCAGCAGAAUAAAGCGGCAAAGCAAGAAGCAUUCGAAGAAUCAAUCCGGCUGAAGAAUCAAUUUCGAGCUCUCGAUGAAGAUGAGGUUGAAUUCUUGGACUCCUUGCUUGAGUCAACUCGUGCGAAGGAGGCGGCUGUGAAGAGGGAAACCAUGGAACAAUUGGAGAUGUUUCACCGCCAGCGAGAGGAGGCGGAGAAGAACGCCUUUCUGGUAGAAAACAAGCUUGGUGAGCCAGGCGCUGGGUCGCAUGGCGAGGAGGAGAAAUGGGCGAUAUCGGGUAGGAAACGAAGGCGGACCAAGGAUAAUGAUGUCCUUCCAGGGGUAAAGCUCCGAAAGUCGUCGAGCACUAGCGGCCAAAUCCCUCCCCAGGAAAAGCCGAAGGCUGAUAAGCCUGCCACUUUGGAGGCACACAUUCCAUCCAACGCUCAGCAUAAAGUAGCGGACUAUUCAGAGCCUCCUGAACCGAAAUGCGAUGCAUCGCCUGCUCAGGGCAGCAGACUUGGUCUGCCAGCGGACCCUGGCACCAAAGUUGCGCCGGCAAUCUCCUCCAACCUUGGGUUAGGAGCAUAUAGCUCCGAUGAUGAUGACGAUGAUGAUUGA